UGUGCACUGUGCUGCUGCUGGGUUUGGUCUUUCCCUCCAGACUCCCACCGUUUAGGAGAGCAGCAGGCUGGAAGUACGUAGGCUAGGAGGCUAUGGAGGAGUAUAGCACCUAUGGGAGACAAGGAGGACUGUCUCUUUCGGAACCAGCAGCCUGAAUAACUUAUUUGCCUAUUUUACAAUCUGUAUCGGACUUGAUUGUUCUGCGGGGACUAUAAAAGACAUCGUUAAAGCCUAAAGGUUUGGAAACAGACGAGGAGGAAAAGCCUCGAAGUUUGCGAGCUUCGUCCACAUCGCCUUCAUGGAAACGUAGACUUCUCCUCCACCAGGAUGGUUUGGGGGUAGUUAUAUGGAGUCUGAGUGUGAACUGGGAGCAGUUUUCGAAAGGACAAAGGCGGGAAACCCAGUGGAAAAAACUUUCCCUUUGCUGAAGAAGCAGGCGGUGAGUGGGGCUGGAUUGUUGUAAAGUAAUCUUUACGCACGGUCUCUGCGCACACACACACACACAUUGUGUACGACCCAAGAUGCGCCUGUUGAGCACGUCGUGCGGAUGUGACCGCGGAGAGAUCCGAGGGAGAACACACAUGUCCGGGAUGAUGCUCUUUCUGUUCCUCCUCAUGGCCGUGCUGUCCUGCCACGGCUGUCCGGACAGAUGCUUGUGCUUCUCACAAACUGUGAAAUGCCAAAACCAGGAGUUGGACGCGAUUCCGCAUUCUCUACCGGCCAAUACCAAAGUCCUGUUCGUCACAGGAAACAACAUUUCCCGUAUCGACGUGGACUCUUUCCCAACACGCCUCCAGAUGUUAACAGAUCUCUAUCUCAGUGGGAAUGAGAUGGAGUCUGUGGAUGCAAUGGUAUUUGACAACUUGCCAAACCUUGUGCGGCUGGACCUCAGCAACAACAGAAUCCAGAAUUUCAGUGAAAGAGCUUUCCCUGAGGAUAACAAAGUGCAGCUCUUGAACCUCAGCAGGUGUUUCCUCCAUCAAUCAAUCAAUCACACCUCCACAGAUGUGGUCCUGAGCAUCCUACAGAGUGGACACUUCCUCCAGCUGACGGUCUUAGACCUGUCCAACAAUGACCUUGUGAUUCUCCCAGACGACAUAUUCGACGGAUUGCCCAACCUGGUCAACCUCAGCCUGCAGAACAGCUCCAUCAUCACCAUCCAGAACGGGACGCUGAGGGUGCCGCCGCUGCGUGACCUUGACCUGAGGGACAACAGCCUGAGGGACCUGCCCGCCGCCACCCUGGCAGAGUUCAGCCUCAAGCCCGCCCUCUACAUCCGGCUGGCGGGGAACCCGUGGCGCUGCGACUGCUUCAUGGACGACAUGCUGCUGUGGCUGAAGAACUCCACUCGGGUCACCGACGUGCAGAACCUGACCUGCAACGACCCCGUGGCCCUGAAACGCCAGCCGCUCCUGCAGGUCGAGCAGUCACAGCUGAAGUGUUUAGGCGACAUGGAGGGCGUGCUGGAGACCUCUUAUGUGUUCCUGGGGCUGGUGCUGGCCCUGAUUGGCGUUAUAUUCCUGCUGGUGCUCUACCUGAACAGAAAAGGCAUCAAGCGAUGGAUGUACAACAUCCGGGAUGCUUGUAGGGACCACAUGGAGGGGUACCAUUACAGGUAUGAGAUAAACUCUGACCCGCGUUUGGCCAACCUGAGCAUCAAUUCUGAUGUGUGAGCGAGGACGGGACACUGUCUGGGACCCCACAGUGAGAUAUUAAAAUGACUUAAACUGUUAAAAUUUGCAUGAAAGUCUUCCUCCCCUUUCCCCUUUUUUCCUCUCCAUGAUGCUAUUCAGAUUUUACAUCUGUCAAAGUUCCCAAUUAACCCCUCUCACGACCUCCAUUCAACCUCUGCCGCAUGUCCAAUACAAGUUCCUGGCAGCUGUGAUGUCAACUUCCGUGUAACAUUGCAUGGACAAUGAAUCAUGGUCAAGGUUGUUUUUUUUUUGGAGAGUUGCAAAGAGUGAUAUGUUCUAUUUUUACUGUUCCUAAAGGAUAAACGUAUGGAGUACAUUGACUGUUUAAGUGAAAGAAAACUGCUGGUCAUUGCAUCCUUCUCAUUAUGCCUCUGCUGCAGAGAAAUGCUCUACUGCUUGUUUAUGGGUUUGUUCUUUUUAAUAAUAUGUGAAUUUGUGAUAUACAGUAUGCCUCUUUUGAAUGAUUACUGUGCACAUUGCGUAGUUUUUGGAUUUAGUAGGUGGAUGUAAUUGCUCUUUUUUUUUUUUUUUUUCUUCCUGUGAAGAUAUUCGGCUAAAUAAAAUGCCUCUGGAUUGCUGGUA